AUGCGCACCACCGUCCUUCCCAUCGAGCUCUUCGAACUAGUCAUCGACUCCCUCGCCCACGAACCCACGCUGCGUUCAGCAUCCAUCGUCUGCAAGGCGUGGCUUACCCGCAGCCGGUUCAACCUCUUCCGGGUUGUCGAAUUCUAUCUCCCCACACACCUCGACCGCUUCAUCGACCUGCUCCAGAAGGCCCCCAUAUUGCCGAUCUCGUGCAAGAAGUCACCAUCUCGGAAAACUCCCUCGUGGCCCUCUUCCGACCGUCCCUUGCACAGCCAGCUUUGGAUCCCAACGCGCUAUGACCCCAACUAUCUCGUAGAGCUCUCAAAGUUCACUUCCAUAACCACACUCGACCUUCACAAUGUCACCUUCCCGACCGUCGCGGACUUCGCCAUCGUACUAAGCGCUCUUCAACAUGUCACUCAUCUGCACGUUGCGGACCUCGACUGUCAACGCCAACUGGAUCCAGGCUCGGCUACGGCUUGCGGGGGCACAUUACCCUUCCUCACGAACCUACGGAUUCAGGCCCAUUACCCCACGUCCAUCGCAGAUUGGCUGCUUCGUGCAUGGAGAUUCCCGUCCAUCCAACACCUGCAAUGCGACUACCAACUUGACGGCAGUGUCGGACAAGGCCUCGGGGCAUUCUGGGCGCACUCCGAUUAUAUAGAACCUCAUUUCGACCUUUCUAUGUGUACUGCCCUCCGCGCGUUACGCGUCGACUGCCGCCACGAUCGUGACAUCUCUCCCGACUGGACGUGGCUCAUCUUCCUCAUCUCCCAUCUCCCACGCAAGACGAAGCCAUCCAUAACUCUUUCUUUCAUCCAUUCAACCCACGCACUCGCUACCCUGCACACCUUCAUACCCGAACUAGAUCAAGCUCUCGUUAAUCUCUUCCCGCGGUCUGUGCACUUUGCUUUCGACCACCGGAAUUCUCCUCUGGAAACGGACGCAGACGAAGAGGCGCUAGUUGCCCAAGGUAGCAGCGGGAACCAUUAG